UUUAACAUUCAUUGUCCCCGUCCUUCCGCCGGCCAUUACAUGGAACCAGUCUUUACAGUUGAAACUUCGUGCGGGCAACACGUAGGCUGGGUCAGCGGACCAACUUUACGCUACAAUGGCAACUACUUGUGCACGCCCCCUGGUGGGUGUCCACGCAGAUGGAGUUGUAUCCGGUGUGAGUGUUUCCCUGCCAGCUGUAUUUCGUGCCCCCAUCAGACCAGAUGUGGUAAACUUUGUACAUGACCAGAUGGCAAAGAACACACGUCAGCCAUAUGCUGUCAAUAAGGAUGCUGGUCAUCAAACAUCAGCAGAAUCAUGGGGAACAGGUCGUGCUGUUGCUCGUAUCCCUCGUGUACGUGGUGGCGGUACUCAUCGCUCUGGUCAGGGUGCCUUUGGCAACAUGUGCCGUGGAGGGCGCAUGUUUGCUCCAACAAAGAUCUGGAGGCGUUGGCACCGCAGGAUUGGAGUGAACCAGAAGCGGUAUGCCAUGUGCUCUGCCAUUGCUGCCAGCUCCAGCCCUGCCCUUGUAAUGUCUAAAGGUCACAUGAUCCAGGAGGUGCCCGAAAUGCCCUUGGUGGUGUCAGACAAGGUUCAGGAGAUGACCAAGACGAAGGAAGCUGUACUGAUGCUCAAAAAGCACCGUGCAUGGACUGAUAUCCUCAAGGUGUACAAGAGCAAGAGGUUCCGUGCCGGUAAGGGUAAGAUGCGCAACCGUCGCCGUAUUCAGCGAACUGGCCCACUCGUCAUUUACAAUAAGGAUCAGGGAUUGACCCGAGCCUUCCGUAACAUUCCUGGUGUCGACACCAUCUGUGUGGAAAAGCUCAAUCUCUUGAAGCUUGCACCUGGUGGCCAUGUUGGCAGAUUCUGCAUUUGGACAGAAUCAGCUUUCCGCAAGUUGGAUUCACUAUAUGGAACAUGGCGUAAGGAAUCAAGGAGGAAGAAGAAUUAUAACCUUCCCAUGCCUAAGAUGACAAACACAGAUUUAGCUCGUAUUCUCAAGUCUGAUGAAAUUCAGGCUGUUAUCAGAGCUCCAAAUAAAACUGUGGUCCGCCGUAAGAUCAAGCAGAACCCAUUAACAAAUCGCCACGCUCUUCUACAUCUCAAUCCAUUUGCAAGGGUUGAAAAGAAGACUGCCACCAUUCGGCAAAAGCAACGCAUUGCGGCAAAGGCUGCGCCUGAAGCUAAAAAGGCAGAGGGCAAAAAGUAGACAUGCACUGAAGCUGGAGGCAUGACUUCUCUGCAGUUACCUUAAUAAAGUUAAAUUAAA